UUUGCUCGCGUACAAUUCUUAUUGUGUUUGGAAAGGCGAAAAUGUGGAGCGUAAAAUGGUGAAUUCGUCAAUAUUUACGUGAACUGAUUAGUGAGGGAGGAUUCCGUUGGUAAACACCGUUGAAGACGAGACGUCUGUCGCAACGGUACUACAGAGAAGGCCAGAAUUGACUUGUUCACCACGGUUGGAAGCUCACAUCACUCUUACUGUUUAUUUCAUACUUUUCCGUUUUCUGCUGUAGCUAAAAGGGAAUUAAUAAUUUAUAAAUUGUACAACUCUUACGCGGAUAGGAGAGCUCAGCAAGCGUGGCAUCUGGCUCGGACUCCCCUCGAGACCGGGUUAUACAAGAAGGCCCCGGGAUGAGGUGACUUUUCGAAACGAGCCUUUUGUUCGACGAAGGCACAUCCAAGACGCGGGGUCAAAAUGAGACACGAAAGGGCAAGGGCGCUGGAGGACGGCGGAGAAAGAAGGGCGGACGAGACAAUGGGCUAACACAGCAAGGUGCAGACCAGACAAGCAUGAAGGAGAUGGUAGGGGGGUGCUGUGUUUGUUCAGAUGAGAGAGGGUGGGCUGAAAACCCACUCGUCUACUGUGAUGGUCAAGGAUGCACUGUGGCGGUACAUCAGGCUUGUUACGGGAUAGUGACUGUACCGACUGGACCGUGGUUUUGCCGGAAGUGUGAGAGUCAAGAGAGGUCAGCGAGAGUGAGGUGUGAGCUGUGCCCGAGCCGGGACGGUGCGCUGAAGCGGACGGACAACAAUGGUUGGGCGCACGUGGUGUGUGCGCUGUACAUCCCCGAAGUGCGCUUCGGGAACGUGACGACGAUGGAGCCCAUCAUCUUGCAGCUCGUGCCCCCGGAGAGAUUCAACAAGGUGUGCUACAUCUGCGAGGAGCAGGGCAAGGCGGGGCCCGGCGGCAACGGCGGGCGCGCGACCGUGGGCGCGUGCAUGCAGUGCAACCGGUCGGGCUGCAAGCAGCAGUUCCACGUGACGUGCGCGCAGGCGCUGGGGCUGCUCUGCGAGGAGGCGGGCAACUACCUGGACAACGUCAAGUACUGCGGCUACUGCCAGCACCACUACUCCAAGCUGAAGAAAGGUGGCAACGUGAAGACCAUUCCCCCCUACAAGCCGAUCCCGGCUGCCGGAGUGUCUCCCAGCUCGUCGCCGGAGAAGGAGCUCGUCAUCGACACCUCGGCCAAAGCGACUGGGACGAAGCGGAAGACGGCAUCCGGCAUCACUUCCGGCGGCCCGUCCUCGGGCGGUGCGGUAGGCGCGGCGGCAGCAGGCGGAGUGAAGCCCGCGGCAUCCCCCACUGUGCCGGGCGGCGUGUCCAAGGCCGGCAGCGGGCGCGCUGCCGACGGUUCGAGCCCCCUGGCGGUGGCGGGACCCGCGGCGGAGCUGCUCGUCGUGGGAGGGGACUCGAAGGACGGGCUGAAGUACGCGCCGGGGCUCGUCGCCAGCGGGUACGAGACGGACGGCCCCACGGGGAAGAAGAGGAAGACGGGUGGCCGGCGGACGCCGACUGCCGCCUCGGAGAGCCCCGCCGCGUCGACGCCGACUCCGCCCCCGGACGUAGGGGUGGGGCCGGUCCUUCCCGGGGAGGUGGUGCCGGAGGUGGUCGGCGGCCGGAAGGUGAAGCUGGAGGUGGGCGCCAACGUGACGGUGGGCGGCGGGGGCGGGGGCGCGGUCCCGCCGGGGGCGCAGCCUCCGUCCGUCGUGGUGCGGUCUCCCAACGUCAUCGCCACAGCGGGGGGCCCCGUUCCAGGUGGCGUGUCGAGCCCCCACCAGGGCAUCGUGGUGUCGGUGCCGCUGUCGGCCGCCAGCGCGGCCGUGCCCGCGGCCGCCCCCGUCUCUGCGGCCUCCGCCGCACCCGCACCUCCGCCCGUGGCGGACGCCGCGGCGGCGUCGUCGAACCCGACGCCUCCGCCGCAGGGUCCGCCCGCGCCGCAGCCGACGCUGUUCCAGCAGCUGCAGCAGUCGAUGGCGCACUCGGCGCACCACAUCCAACCGCCGCAGCCGUCGCCCCCGCCUCCGCGCCACACGCCGUCGCCGCAGCAGACGUCGACGCUCGUCAUGGUGGAAGAGCCGCAGCCGGCCCACCACCACCCGGCCAAGAGGCAGAGGUCGCAGUCGACGGAGAAGCCGGGGACGUCCGCCUCGACCCCACCGGUCGACACGAAGUCGGCGGCGCCGGUCGCCGUAAAUCGCAGCGGGAAACCGCGCCGCGGGAUGGGCGGGAGCAGCAGUCUCCCGUCCGCCCCCACGGUGGCCCCCGUUACCAAGAGCCGGCGCGGGGGCGGCGAUCCCACCCCUCCCCCUCUGCCCGUCAAGGAGUCCCCGCCGAGCAGCCCCGGGUCGGAAAGCGCGCAGUCGGCGCCCGCCGCCUCGUCGUCGCGCAGGUCCUGCACCGUCAGCAGUGCCGCCGCCGCCAAGGCGGCCCUUCCCGUCGCCGGCGUCAGUCGUGCCCGCCGGGAGAAGGACGAGCGGGACGUCAAGCCUUUCCAGAAUGGAGUGUCGGCGCCGCACAUGCUGGGCAACCAGCUGAACCCCGCUUCGACGAUGGCGCAGAAGAUGUCGGACACGCUGUCGGCGGAGCUGGAGGCGCACGGCAACGCGUACGCACCGGCCGACUCGAGCAACUCGUCGCUGGUGGGGCCGCCGCUGCACUCAAGGGUCAUCGCUUCGGCGCGGUCGGCGGCGGCGGCGAACGGGCAGCCGGGAGGCGGCGGCGGCGGGGCGGCGGCGGCGGCAGCUCCGGGCACGGUGCCGCAGAGCCUGGACCAGCUGCUGGAGCGGCAGUGGGAGCAGGGCAGCCAGUUCCUCAUGGAGCAGGCCCAGCACUUCGACAUCGCCAGCCUGCUGUCGUGCCUGCACCAGCUGCGUGCCGAGAACCUGCGCCUGGAGGAGCACGUGAGCUCGCUGCUGCAGCGCCGCGACCACCUGCUGGCCGUCAACGCCCGCCUCGCCAUCCCGCUCGCUUCGCAGCCACCGGCGCAGGUGAACAACGUGCACCCGCAGCACGGCGGGGCGGUGGGGGCGACGCCCGCGCCGGCGCCUCGCCACAACAACAGCUACCUGGCGCCGCAGCACUCGCACCACCACCAGCACCAGCACGCGCACGCCGGGCCGUCGCCCGCGCCCGGUCCGUCGCCGGGGCCGCCGCCCGCGCAC